AUGAGCACCGCACUUGAGCAGCAUUGGGAAACUGAACUGCAGUCCCAGAGGAGGCGGCUUCUGGGGCGCAGGUAUCAGCUCGCCGUUGAAGAAUUGGGCUACUCGUCGCUUCAGGACUGGCUUAAGUCGGAGAAUGGACGUUACAGGGACCAGGCGCUGACUCGAUAUCUUACAAAACUCGGGCCAAUACUUGAAGAGUUUGAGGUUUUCGUCCGGUCGAUAACAACAAUGGUGCAAGGAGGCGGGCAAAUCGCAGGGCUUGUUUGGGGAUCCAUUCAGGCUGUCCUCGAUGCUGCGAGCAAGUAUGCAAAGCUGCUGGAGAGUGUGACGAACAUGAUUGAGGAAAUAUCGCUGUUGAUGCCUCAGCUUGCCACUUACAGCACCCUAUUCCCAGGAAAGAAGGCGCUCGAUAAUUGCCUCCGGAUUCUGAUAUCGGAUUUUGUCGGCUUCUGCAUAGAGGCUGUCAUUUUCUUCAAGAGAUGGCCUAUAUAUUCUUUGCUCAGAAUAUUCUGGUUCUCACUUGAACGUAACUUCCAGGCCUAUAAGUCGAACAUACUUCGGCACCAGGGUCAAUUUGACAGGGAAAGGCAAGUCCUUGUUGACACUGAGCUGAUAUAUGGAGGUAGAAUUCGGACCGUGGAAGCAAUGAUCCCCAUUACGAGUAGCGCUACCAGGGAGCCCGAGAGGUUGUACAUUGUGCCAUUCCAACGAAAUCCGCGCUUUCAAGCUCGGGGAAACACAUUGUCGUUACUUCAUCAGAACCUCUGUGAAGUGACAGAUGAUGAGACUAUCCGUCAAAAAUCGUGUGUCGUCCAUGGUGGUGGUGGCAUGGGGAAAACUCAGCUUGCCAUCGAAUACACCCACCGGUACCGAAGGCACUUUGACUACAUAGUAUGGAUUUGUGCCGAAUCCAAGACUGAGCUCACCAACGGAAUGGCCGAACUUGCGAAGCGCCUGAAAAUAUCUGAUGCCCAGGGUGCGACGAGCCGAGCGUCAAUCGAGGCUGCGAGGACCUGGCUGGAGACUACAGAUAAGCGAUGGCUUCUUGUCUUCGAUAACGCCAAUCGAUGGGAGGAUUUGCAAGGUUAUUGGCCCUUUUGUGCCAGUGGCUCGGUAUUGGUAACCUCUCAGCUCGCCAGGCUACGCACCAUGGUCAGCUCAGAAAUCCGUCUAUCUACUUUGGAGCCUUCCGAAGGCGCCAGGUUCCUCCUCGACGAGAUUGCGGGCGACAAUGACCCUCAAACGGACAUGGACAAUGCGCGCCUAAUCUCAGAAGCUCUUGGUGGCCAUCCGCUGUCGAUUGUGCAUGUGGCCGGAUAUAUUGCACAGUCGCAUAUCAGUCUCGAGGCCUUUUUGCACCUCUUUGAGAAUCGACAAAGAAUUGCACGCAUCUUGAGUCAGGAGAUUACCCCGCUCCAAUAUGAAAGAAAUAUGGAAGUCGUUCACGAUAUCGCUCUACAAGAGCUUGAUGCUCCUGCUCUGAUGCUGGCUCAAAUUCUGUCUAUGCUAAGUUCUGAGGGUGUCCCCAGAGAAAUGUUACUGGUAGAUGCAGAUCACGGUGACCGUUUAUUAGGGUUCCUAGAGUUUGAUGACGAGGCGAGCUUUCAUGAAAUGAUACGACAAUUAAGGGCUAGACAUUUAAUUGACUGCCAAGGUCUCGACCGAGAUCAGCUGUAUCUCAUGCAUAGAUCACUGCAGCUGAGCCUCCUACGAAAAAUGGAUGAAGAGGAGGGGAAGAUUGCAUCAAUAUUCAAUAUGGCCUUUCCCCAAAAUGACAUUUGGGAAAUGUGCGAAAAAUACUCCCCGCAUGUCAUGAGCAUCAUGAGUGCGCAUGCAGCCUCGCCAGCGCCGCCGGAAUGCUCAAUCGAUUACGCCUUGCUUUUGUCGGAUGUCUCCAACUAUUUCUAUGAGCGCAAUAUUUUUGGCGACGCACUGGACACCUCUAACGCGAGUGUCAAAGUCUGUGAGCGCUUUGUUGGCCGUCACGAGGCUGUGAGAGCCGAUAUACAUACAAUCGCCGCGGCCGUAAGAGAUACGUGCGGAAUCUCCGAGAGACUCAGGACUCUACACCAUUACGUGAUGACUGUUGCUCUACGUCAAGAGCACCUGAAUAAAUCCAACCCUAUUGAUGUAAGCUCAAACGACCUCUGGAACUACGCCAAUGCCUGGGGCAAUAUGACGCCCAUACUACUCGAUUAUGAGUGCUACGAAGACGUCAUCAUAUAUUCCGAUCUUGCCAUUACCAUCAAGAAAAAACUACUUGGAUCAGGUCCAGAUUCCGCAAUUGCAUGCUACGAACCGUAUCGCAAUAAACAUAUUGCACUUGCGGCUCUAGGGCGUCUUGACGAAGCUCAAAGAUGGGAGCCGGAUCCUGACAAUUUCAUGGCGGAUCCCACUUAUAAGGUUAUUAUGAUUAGAUAUUAUUUUUUCUAUGCGAACAUUGCCAUACUUUGCGGGAAUCUCGAUUCAGCCUAUGCCACCUUGCAAAUGGUGCUCAGCAUGCGAACCGACAUUUUUGGUCCUACUGGACGGAGCACCCUCGAUACCUAUUACUUGCUGGCAAUGCUUGAGUCAAAGAGGCACAACAAUGAGGCUGCUGAAGCGUACCUGAGAAAAGCCUUGGAGAGACCCGAUCAGUGGACGGACGAGGCUUGUGCACGAGCCAAGUAUCAGCUUGCCAGACUACUAUUGCGUAAAAAGAAGGACGACAAGAAAGAUGAAGAAGCACGAAGUCUUCUGAAAGAGGCUACUCAAGUACGGGUUGCACGCUGGGAGAAGUAUGCAGGAUACUGGCCGUUUGACGUCCCCUUGCCAGAUGAGGACGCGAUAUACGAUCAUAUUGUCCCCGCCGAAGCUGGCCGUCUUGUCAUGACAAAGUCGCUACCAGCAAACACGCUGACCAGGCAACUCAAUGACGUGUGUCGCCAUCUUCAGUCUCGUCUUGGGUCCAAGGAUGAUCUUUUGCCUCCGAAAGAUCUAGCUGAGCUUUUGAAGACUUCCGGUUCAUUGUUCCACCUUGUCCCUCAUAUCCAAGCCUACGCUGUAUGA